GCUGUGUUCGUUUGAAUCAUUGGAGCAGAUGGGAGACGGCUGCUCGAUAGAAUAGGAGAUGAGGACGUCUUUUCCUCCAUCCUCGUGAAGCUAACCUUUCAUAGUCAGAACGAGCAUCACCUGCCAUUCUUUCCGCUAACAUGGACAAGUAUGUCAAGGUGAAGAAAAUUGGGGAAGGUUCAUUUGGAAAGGCUGCCCUGGUCAAAUCCAAAGAGGAUGGCCACCAAUAUGUCAUUAAGGAGAUCAGCAUAUCUGGGAUGUCAGCUAAAGAGAGACAAGAAUCUCGAAAAGAAGUUGCAGUUCUUGCGAACAUGAGCCACCCGAACAUUGUCCAGUAUAAGGAGUCUUUUGAAGAGGGUGGCUGCCUGUAUAUUGUGAUGGACUACUGUGAGGGUGGAGACCUCUUCAAGAAGAUCAACUCUCAGAGAGGAAUUCUUUUCUCAGAAGAGCAAAUCCUGGAUUGGUUUGUGCAGAUCUGCUUGGCAAUAAAGCACAUCCACGACAGAAAAAUACUGCACAGGGACAUCAAAUCACAGAACAUAUUUUUGACAAAAGAUGGAACUGUGCAACUAGGGGACUUUGGGAUUGCAAGGGUGCUUAACAGCACCGUAGAACUUGCAAGAACCUGCAUUGGGACCCCUUACUACCUUUCACCAGAGAUCUGUGAAAAUAAACCUUACAACAACAAAAGUGAUAUUUGGGCUCUGGGCUGUGUCCUGUAUGAAAUGUGCACCCUUAAACAUGCAUUUGAGGCUGGAAAUAUGAAGAACCUAGUUCUGAAGAUCAUCCGUGGCUCAUAUCCUCCCGUGUCCGUUCACUACUCCCAAGAACUGCGCUCCCUUUUGGCACAACUUUUUAAACACAACCCCAGAGAAAGGCCGUCAGUCAGCAGCAUACUGGACAAACCUUUCCUUUCUUGCAGGAUCCAAAGGUUCCUCACACCACAGGUCAUUGCUCAGGAAUUUCAUCAUACUUUUAUUCACAAGCACCAUAAAAUGGGUGCACAUCAGGGGUCAUCAGCUAAGCGUCCUGCCCAUGGUUCCAUACCAUCUUCCGCAGCCAAGAUUACCAAACCAGCAUGCAAAUAUGGAGUGCCUUUAACUGCAAGAAAGGUGUCCGACGUAACCAAAAAACCUGCAGAAAGGAAACCUGCUGUUAAACAUAAACCGGCCCCCCACAGAAGAGUGAGUCAAGGGGAAGAAGAGAGGAGAAAACAGCAGGAGACUAUGAAAAAAAGAAAGCUGGAGCUGACCGAGAAAGAAAAGAAUCAGAAAGAACAGAUGUUGCUGUUGAAAGCAGAACAAGUGAAGCGGUAUGAAAAGGAAAAGAUUAGUCGCAUAAACCACGCCAGAGAGCAAGGAUGGAAAAAUGUCUUGAUCUCAAGUGUUGGCAGCCCAGAGAGGAAGUGUUAUUUAGGUGGUGGAAAAAGGGCGGCGGGUGAUCUGGAGGUGGAAACCUACCACAAUGCUCUUGACCAAAUGGCAAAACAACAGUCAGUCGACAGAGGGAUCAUCAGGGAGGGACACGGCACUCCCACUCGCAAUGUACCAGCUGCUGCUGGCCCAGUGCUGCCCAAUGGCCGUGCCCAAGCUGUAAACGCCGAAGUGGUUAAGAGACAACUACAGAGGUUGCAGCACAUUUCUAAACAAAGCCAUAUUAGCAGGCAGCGUCACUUUGCUGUUGAACGAGCCUAUCAGGUUGAGGAGUUUCUACAACGUAAAAAAGAAGCCAUGCUUUACAAAGUCCGGGCUGAAGGACAGCUGGGGACUCGCCAAAACCGGGCAGCAAUCUUUGGAGGCCAAGUUUGUUCGGCUCGGUUCACAAGACCCAAAGUCAACAAAGAGGAGGAGGAAUAUCUAGCCAGACUCAAGCAAAUCCGCUUGCAGAACUUCAACGAGCGGCAGCAGAUCAAAGCCAGACUGAGAGGAGAAAAGUAUGACAGUGACGGUUCAGACAGCCAGGAGUCGAGUGACGAGGCUCAGUUGAGGAGGAAGAAGAUAGCGGCUUUGAAAGCUCAAGCUAACGUCCGUGCUGCUGUACUGAAAGAGCAAUUAGAGAAGAAGCGGAGAGAGGCGCAUGAGAGAGAAAAAAAGGCAUGGGAUGACCAUAUCGCAGCUCGGGAAGGGAAGGUGUGCAUGGCAGCAGGAGACAUGGCUUCGGCAGGAGGAGAUUCUGCAACCUCUCAAUCCUCCAUGCCCAGCACGGGUGACAAAACUUCAGUCCUACCAGAGCCUGAACCCUCCAUUCCUGUUAUAUCCAUGACUGCUGCCCUGAAGAAUGUUGGAGCUAUUACUCCGAUAAAAGAGACCCCGCCUGCCACAGCGGCUGUUGUAGUCAUUCAGAGUGAGAAGAGGCAGAUCCUGAACAGACUUAAUCUAAAUCUAAAAGUCCAGAGCACCGUGGAUGAAGUGGAGGAGUCAGCAACCAGCCCUAAAGAGCAGAGUUCAGCUUCCCAACAGAACCAGCCUGAUGCAGAGAAUCCCCCUCCCAGUGAAGAUCAGAAGAAAAACUGGGAUCCAGCAGAACCUUCUGCGCUUCCUGCUGGUGUGCCAACUUCGGAGAAUUUCUGCGUGAUGACAACCACAGCUGCCUCAGUGCCUCCAGAAGAUCGUCCACCUUCUGGCGGAGACCGGAAGAAGUGGGAGGCAGUAGCUCCAUUUAUCCUCCCUAUAACCCAACAAACUCUGGAGGAGACAUGCAUACCAACUAUAGAGCAAACAGUGGGUGAGGUAAUGCAGAUGGGUGCGCUGCCACAAGAAGCUCAAAGGAAGGUAUGGGGACCGAGUCCAGCCUCUCAAGUACUGAAAGUGCUUCAGGAGGCAGAAGUUCAGCCACUCACUCAGCUGUUGGAGACGGUCAGCAUGUGCGAAGAGGCCUUCAGUAGCCCUGAUAAGUCCAACCAGAUAGUCGCAGGGGAAGCAGCGAGUCCAUCUAAAGAGGUUGAUAGCUCACAGUACAGGACCGCUAUUGUUCAGAGCCCAGAGGGUCCAUUGGAAAGUGCUGCUCCCGCAGAGGCCUCACAUCCAGAAAAUGCAAGUGGGAUGGAAGAGCACACGCUGCCACAAAGUCUUGCCGAUAUCCAAGAGCCAGCAGAUGUGGAAUCAAUGGUUUUGGAAGAUGUCCCUAAAGCAUCACACCCUUCGACGGGCCUGCAUCAUGCAUGGGAGAAGGAGGCUCAAGAGCCAAUGCCACCAGAGGGCGAUGCAAGCCAAGGAGAAGCAGCCACAGGCAACGCGGACGGUCCAUCACAGGGCGAGGAACCCCUGUUUACAAAGUUGCGUUCUCCAGCUCACAGACGCACAUCUGCUCUUGCCCUCCUCUCGGCUCAGUCUUCAGUGGAUGAAUCCUCCUCCUCUAUAGCGUCUCGCUCACGCUCGGUUUCGCCUCUGCGCUCCAAGCAGCACAAUGCUCUCCUCAUUGGGCUCUCUACAGGCAUGUUUGACUCCAACAACCCCAAGAUGCUGCGGACAUGCUCCCUUCCAGACCUCAGUCGAAUCUUCAGCUCUCAGCGGGACUCUGUCAUGACCACUGACGACAACGCUGCUCCAAACAGCAUCCUGGAGAAUGAGGACCAGGAUGAAGUCAAAGAUGAUGACCAGUCUGAGACAGAGGACGUGUAUGAGGAUGAAGACCUCCGGGAGAUCCGAGCAUCCAUGGAGCGACUCCUGCACGAGGAGAACGACUUAAUGAGGAACACAGCACACGAUGGGACAGGAGACUUUAAUGGAAAUCCAAAUGGUGAAGACGAAGAUCUUUUUAACAGGAUGGCAGUGGAGCUUGAGCAGGACAACAAUCAGAUGGCGGUAGGUGAUGAUGACAAUGAUGCUGACGACGUUGCUGCUGAUGAUGAUGAGGGCGAGGAAGAAGACGAAGAGGAUGAAGAUCGCUCAAAUGGGAGUCCCGGUGAUGAGGAAGCAGGAGAGUUACUCAGCAAUGGUGUGGGGGAAGGAAACAAUAGCCAGCUGAAUGAAGAAUGGCAUUCAGAUAGCAGUGAGGAGGAGGGAGAGGCUGAGCUUUAUGACAGCAUCUUCAGUCGUUUGGAGGAGCAUCGCUUUAACUUGGAGCAGCAGAUGGGCUUUGAAAAGUUCAUUGAGGCCUACAAUAAAAUAAAGGCAAUACGUGACGACGAAGAUGAUAAUAUUGACCUGGGCUCCAGUUUGGCAUUUAGCAUUUUGGGAACUGAGCACCAGCACCUGUAUCCCAAUAUCCUCCAUCUAGUGAUGGCAGAUGGUGCAUACCAAGAAGGCAAUGAUAAGUGUUUAUCGCAGUGGAGCAACUGGCAGCAAUGACAAUCUGAUGUCUUCCUGGGACCCACGGCAUUAGAAACUGAAGCUUGCUUGAUAAAUACUGUUACAGUACCCUUUUAAGUUUUGAUCAAUGGUUGAAAUUAUUUUCAUAAAUGGUGAUGAUUUACAUUUGCAUUAUUGAUUAUAUGUCCUUGUUUACCAAAAUGUUUUGUCUUUUUUUUUUUUUCUAAAAAGCAAUUAUAUCGUGAACCCUGUUGUGUUCCUCUUCAACUUAUCUGACAUUUCUCUGGGUAAAACUCAGGUGCUCUCUCCAUUCAACUGUGGAUUUCUGAUGUGAUCCAUGCUCCACACAGCCAGCUCACCUUCAGCUUUAAUGUAGCAAGAAUCCAGUGGAACUCUUUUUCUAAAAACAUCUCUUUUUUAAUCACACACACAAAAAUAUUACAGAAUGUGUUUUUAGAAUGCAAAACGAGGCUGCCUCACGGUGCCAAGGUGCUGUAGCAAGACCAGAAAUACAGUUUCUAUGUGUCACGUGCUGGGUUUAUCACAUUGAAGUUGUCUUCGGAUGAUAUAAGCAAUGGUAUGAUCAUGAAUCAUGUGAAUGUUUAUGUGAAAUAAAGAAUUAAU